UUCGCUAGCUUUGUAUUCAUUUUCUCAAAACCAGAAACAAAACAUGGGAAGAUCUGUAAAUUUAUCUUGAUUACUUCUUAUCUACACUACUUUAAAACAUUUCAGCAUAUAUUAUACAUUUUGGUGUUCUGAAGUACCUAGCUACAGUAUGUGAUGAGAUUUGGAGGCAGCAGAAACAUGCAGGCUAAGGUGCUUUUCUUGGGCUUGCUGGCAGUUUUUGUAACUUCUUAUUUUCUUAUCCAUUUGGAAUGGGAAAUUGCAAGACUUGACAAGGCAAGAGAGAAACUUGAGGUAGCAAUGGCUCAGCUACAACUAGGAGAUGUAGACCAGGACCAUCUAAGGGCCCCCAGGUCACAGACUGGGGUGAGAGAUACUUUCGCUCAGGUGGAUGAGGACAAUCUAGUCAUGAUAUACAACCGUGUGCCAAAGACUGGGAGUACGUCAUUUGCAGGGGUAGCCUAUGAGUUAUGCGUGAGAAACAAGUUCCAUGUUCUUCAUUUGAACGUCACCAAAAAUUCCCAUGUACUCAGUGUACCUGAUCAGGUGCGGUUUGUAAAUAAUGUAACAAGCUGGCAGACAAUGAAACCCGCUCUCUAUCAUGGACAUCUUGCUUUCCUAGACUUUACCAAGUUUGGUCUGAUUCAGAAGCCAUUGUAUAUAAACAUUAUACGAAACCCCCUAGAUAGACUUAUUUCCUACUAUUACUUCUUACGAAAUGGGGAUGAUUUCAGACCACAUUUGAAAAGAAGAAGAAUGGGCAACAAAAUGACAUUUGAUGAAUGUGUAGAGGAGGGAGGGUCUGAUUGUGAUCCAAUUAAUCUAUGGCUCCAGAUUCCUUUCUUCUGUGGACAUGCAGCUGAAUGCUGGGAGCCUGGGAGUGAGUGGGCCUUAACACAAGCCAAGUAUAAUUUACUAAACAAUUACCUUCUGGUUGGUACAACAGAGGAACUUAGCAAUUUUGUAGCAGUAUUAGAAGCAACUGUCCCACGCUUGUUUGCUGGGGCAAGGUAUCUCUUUGAAACAGGUGAAAAAUCGCAUUUAAGGAAAACUUAUAAUAAAUUAACUCCAAGCUCAGAAACUGUGAGGAAAAUCCACCAAUCAGAGAUUUGGCGAAUGGAGAAUGAGUUCUAUGAAUUCGCUAGUAGACAGUUUCAGUUUGUUAUGAAGAGAACGUUUGACUUGAACGCUAAUGGAGAAUUAGAGGCCAAAAAACAGCAGUUUACAUAUGAGAAGAUUCGGCCGAGGUAAAACCUCCCCACCCUCACCUAUAUUUAGAUGUACAUGCAUGUCUCUGUAUAUAUUGGUAUUCCGUACGAUGAAAUCAAUAUGGCUGUGUCUAAAUAAACAGUAAACUUGGUGUUAGGGACCUGGUUAAAUAUGUAUUAUUGUUUCAUUUUUACAAAACAUUAUUAUGGGUAAAAAGUAGGACAUUAUUUUGGAGGCAACAAUUUAAUGUUGUUAAUUUCAAAUGAGAAAGAGUAGGGGAUCUGCUGAGAAUUUGUAGAAUUAAUUUCAUUAAAAAAAAAUCAUUACUAUUUUGACCUGGUCCCUUUUGUAAACAUCAAUGGGACCAGUUUAAUGUGUUCAUUUUCAAGGGAGCUGACUUGAGAAGUGUUCAUUAAGAGAGGUGUUUACUUAUUAUGUACCAUAUACAGGCUUACUGUAUGAUGCCAAUGUCUUAGGAGCACCAUGUGACAAUGUGACAAUCAUGCAAUAGAAGUGUGUGAUUUCUACCACAGGUGCUAUUAAUGACACUUGUAGGGUUGAGUACUGGGGCAAAAAGCUCAGAAAGUGCAAAAUGGGUUUGCAAUAUUGAAUUGAAGUGCAAAUGGGUUUCAUGGGUCAGUUGGCAAUGGGGAAAAAGUGGCAAAAUGGGUUUGCAAUGUUUAAAUGGAGGAUGGAGCUA